AUGGCAGCUGCUAUGGUCGCAUCAGAAUCUUCACUCAGCAGUCGCGUUUCCCUGAUUUCUCUUGACCCGGCCAUUGCCAGUCAGAUCACCGGUACAACUCGAACAACAACCGACCCUUCCGCCUCACAGUAUGGCUCCAGCCCGAGAAAAAGCACAAAAACGCCCGAUACCGAGGUGUCGCGCAAGCAUAUUAGGAACAAAUCUGCUCCGAGCGUCUCGGAUAAGAGGGGACAGACGUCGCUACGGCGCGUGAAGGAUAGUACGGAGGUCCUGAGACAGCGCUCUACAAAGUCCUCGAGCAGGAAAGCAAAGCAGAGUCUGGAGCCUGUGCCCGACAACGUCCAUGGGCGUAAUUUCACCGUCGGCAAUGUCGGGACCGGAGGUGUCCUUUAUCUGACUCCUUCAAUGCGUCAGAAAGCUAACGCGAGUCCCUCCUCCAUUGCCUCGCCGCCGCAAUUGCCAUCGACUGCACCGGCUCUGCUUAACAAUGGCGAAACACGUGUUCGGCCAAAAGAAAGGUCCUCCACCGGCAGGUCAGAGUCUUCUUCUCAAUCUCGACGGUCAGCUUCGAAGCGAUCAGUCAGGCCUUCGCGGAGACCUGCAGUCGUUCUCAACCAUGGUCGGUCGCAGUCGUUCUCCACAGUCGAGGAGCACCGGCAGUCUCUGCUUGGGCCCCAGGCCCGAACCGUGAGAAUCGUCAUCAAUCGCCCAGAAACAGCGAGACCGAGCACGUCGCAAGAUUCCACAAAGGAGCCUGCGCCGGAGCUGCUUCCAACUCUAGAAGUUCCUAUCCCACAUUACCGUAUCGGUACUUUCCGUCUGAGUUCCAACGGAACGCCCAUGCUGCGGGGUUCCUCCUACACACGGGCCUCUGCCACACCAUCCGAUGUUACGCCUACUACGGCAAUCAUGCAGGCUGAAGGUUAUUUUGGCGGGCCGCCGCCUGCCAGCUUCAAAGCAUUCGCCAGUCUCGAAGCGAAGGAGACGGGCGCUAUGGAUGCUGCCUCCCUCCGACCACCGAUGCGAUUCCUGCCCCAGGUAACGUCUGCAUCGACUUCCAGUUUGCCCAGUAUGGUCAAACCGGAAGUAUUUGACGACCUGACUCAGAUCUAUGAUGAUCCCUCCGUUGUCCGGUAUUGCCAGAACGUGAGAGAGAUCACAGCAGCUACUCCCGCCCGCAUCAUUGCUCAGAUUUCGUCCGACUCGUUCAUGGACUACGACCUCGUCUCAGACUUCUUCCUCACCUUCAGGUCCUACAUGUCCACCUAUCAGGUGCUCGAUCUGCUGCUGGCGCGGCUGAGGUGGGCUAUUAGUCGACUGGAAGACGAUGGGCGGAUCAUCCGAGUCCGCACGUUCGCUGCUCUUCGACAUUGGAUCCUCAACUACUUCAUGGACGACUUCUUUUUCGAUCGCCGCCUGAGGACGCGUUUCUGUAAAGAGGUCAACAAAUUGCAUCUCGACGUCAAGGCAAGCCCGAAGCAUGGGUUUAGUGAUCUCAAGCUGUUGCGCGACUUAAAGCGAUGUUGGAAUGGACGUUGUUCAUUGUGCUGGGACCCCGAGGACUUCGAUCUGGACGGCGAUCAGGACGACGAGAUCCACCCCGGAGGAGAUGCCGAAGAUGAACAUACGCCGAAGUUACAAACUACUUUACAGCCUCCGCACAUAAGAACCGAGUCGCCUCAAACACCCGUGCUAAGGGGGCCGACUCACAGCUGGUUCGAUCCAGACGCUGUCGUUAGACCCAGCCACGAACGCCAGGAGUCCGCAAAUUCGGGCCUCUUGAGUGACGGCAGUGUUCAAGCUAGUUCCUGCUUUGUCCCUAGGAAGAUUCUCCGCCCUGGUGCCGAUGACGAAGCUGUGCGGUCCAGAGCUCGGCAUCCAGUUUCAGUACAACUGAGGCGCAAAAACGCUCCAGCGAAUCUGCAAGUCAUCACCCAACCGACAGCGAAAUCGAAGUCGAUCGGGCAUAGAAAAGGAGCAAGUUCAAUCGAUAGUAACAGAGAACCGACCCCACGCAAAGCCCAAGCUGACCCGCUGGUAUCCACGAUAGAUGCCGGCAGCAUCAUUCGGGGGCUCCUGUACAGUCCUAGCGCCCCAUUCGUGCAGAUUGCUUCCUCCCACUCAACCCACUCGCUCGACAGGAGUGACACAUUACGAGCCGGGUCUAGAAGAGAGCCCGGUGGUACACAGCCGGCUGCACAACCUCCUGGAAGGAAUAUCUUCGGGUCAUUGCGGAAAGUGCUAGGAAACAAGCAUGGCCAGCUUGAUGUGACGCUUCUAACGGUUUCACAAUCCGCCCAAGAAGUGCCCAUCCGAGGUCAAACAUCACAGCUACCGCUCAACAUGUCCAAGUCCCACGAUGAACUCCGGAACAAGACCACAGGAGGUAUGCAAAGAAAAGGCGAAGUCCGUAUUGACCUUCUGUCAGCAGCCGUUUGCCAGAAUUACGAGACAAAGUUCCCUUCCACGCAUCGAAUAACCUACGGAGCACUCUUCGCCACGAAUCCUGCUCUACGACCAGCUACGUCGAGCGAAGAAAGUCUUAGGCCGCAGCGAGCGGCCAGUCAUGCUACUCGUCAAAGUGGUUCGAUUUUGAUUGUGGAUGACACGCGUCUCGAUCUCCCGUCAAUGUCUGGUGCACUCGCCAUGGCAAAUAAGGAGCUCGACUUUAUACCCGCCCCCGUGCUUGCUAGUCCUCCUGGCGCUGCUCUGGACAACCGCAAAGAGAGUUUUGACGCAGUCGCAACACGAAGAAGCUCAAAUGCUCUACCGGAUGACCUAGACAUGCCGCCCACACAAGGCAGCAACGAUACGCUUGAGCAGGUGAUGGCGGAUUUGGGUGUUCCCGUAAGAACGUCGGAAGACAACGGUUCGAUCUCUCCUAUGGUCGAAAGAACACAUUCUCCCACCACAGCCAGUUCCACAACCGUGAAGGAAGACCUCAAUCACGCCAACACGCCUGCAGUCGAGACUGAACUCACAACCGUUCGAAAAAGCACAGAAGGUCAAGAUACGGAAGAAGAGGAAUCUGAGUCGGAGCUGAAAUUGCCAACUCAGACUCUGAGGCGGCGACCAGGAGGAGACUUGCGGGGCGUGGAAAAUGUGCAAGAGCUGGACCAUAUGGUGCAUCACACUUCUCUCGAUACUGCCAGCGCAAUGUCCGAUUCCCCCCAUGAGUCCUUGCUUAUCAUGAAGACAGAGACUGUCAAGCAUGCUCCUCCAGUGGAUGGUCCGCCAGUUAACAAACCUAUUUCCCUGAUCAACACUCACUCUUCUCAGCACCUUCGCCCUUCCUUCGAGGCAGCAGUUGCCGGUUUCUCUGAUAUUCCCGACGAUGAUGAUGGUGGGCUCGAGGCUACUCUAAUGAAACUUGAGGGUCGUUAUGAAAAGAGGUCACCUCCCAUGGAGCAGCAUCCCUUGGACGGGAAUUCGAGGCGUCGAUCAUUACCAGAGCUUAGCCGUAUGUCACAGUCGCGACUUCAAGAGCAUCCGGUCAAUGUUGAAGGCCCAAUUGCCGGUCCUUCUGUGCAUGUCCGUACGACGGUAGACGAAAUCGCCUCUGAAGAGUCGAACGAUGAACCUCUUACUCCGGAACCAGUGUUAGCCGAAGUCAGGCCAGCAGGCUCGCGGAGGUCUUCGAUCUUUGGCCUGCCGACCGAAUCGAUUGCAGAUUCUGAAGAUUCGUAUGGUUCUCUGCCGCUCUUGCAGCGCGACGAAGGCCAUGAGAGUUCUCCGGAGCUGCCCCCUCCGAAAUCCCCCACAGAUUUACCACUGGUUGCUCCAGGAUAUUUCCCACAGGACCCGCCGCAGUUGUUUCACCUACCGAAAGGACCUCCGCCAAGUGGUAACAAGCACAGGAACAGCGUUCCUCGCCCAGGCACGGCUAAUGAGAGCGCGCACUCGUUCCUUCUCGACGAGGACGAGAAUCUAUCGGAUUUGUCCUCGGAGAUUUCGGUCGACAUCAUCAACUAUUCAGAGGUUGUGGACCGCUCGAUCUCGCCCAUGCUUGCAGCUCCGGGUACUGCUAUCUCGGGGCUAGAGAUACCGGCGCACCCUUUGACCUAUGCUUCAGUCGUGGAUCUAAGAAUACCCACGCCACCAGCACAGGCCUCGGUUCCAGUUCCGCAGGUCAAGAAACCAGAAACAAUGAAGUCUGCAAGCACAGAACAGCCACCUAAACAACACAACUCUCUGUCCACUAAUGCCUUGGCACGUCUGCCCGCUGGUCCCGCGCACAUGCCCUUUAUCCUCGCCUGUGACUCACAAAUCCUCGCCCAACAGAUGACACUGGUCGAAAAGUCGGCAUUAUGUGAAGUCGAGUGGUCAGAUCUGGUGGACAUGCGGUGGGAUACCAAGAAUGCCGAGGUGGUUGACUGGGUUGAGUGUCUCUCAAGUGGAAAUAUCCGUGGGAUCGACCUGGUCAGCACGCGUUUUAACCUGGUUGUGAAAUGGGCGCUGUCGGAAAUUGUCCUGACCCAGGACAUCCAGGAACGGGCUCGGGUCAUCACCAAGUAUAUCCACGUGGCAGCACAUGCACGUAGGUUGCACAACUAUGCCACAAUGCUGCAGCUCACACUUGCCCUCACCUCUACCGAUUGUACUCGUCUAUCGAAGACAUGGGCUUUAGUGUCGAGCCCAGACAAGUCUCUACUCAAGCACAUGGAAACUCUGGCACAGCCCCUGCGCAAUUUUCACGACUUGCGAACGGAAAUGGAAUCGGCCGACCUCAAUGACGGCUGCGUUCCUUUUCUAGGGCUCUAUAUUCGCGACUUGACAUAUAAUGCACAGAAGCCCAGUCACCUCCCUGGUGCGCCUAACAACGAGUCUCUGGUCAACUUCGAGCGUUAUCGAAGUACGGCUGUGAUUGUCAAAGGUCUGCUUCGACUUAUCGAUGCCAGUUCCAAAUACAACUUCGAACCUGUCCCAGGGAUUAUCGAGCGAUGUCUCUGGCUGGCCGCGCUGAGCGACGAUCGAAUACGUAGUGCAAGCCAAGCUCUGGAGGAGUAG